AUGCCUCAGGGUCCUGGCAUUAUCACGGCCACCGUGGCUAUCGCCAAAGAGCGUGCUGGCCGUAUCGGCCCUGGUCGCCAUCCGCGCAACCCUCCCCCUAACCUCAGCGAUGAUGCCCCUGACGUUUACGAAGCGAUCCUGCUUGCUCCUGGUGAAAGCAAGAUUGACGUUGAGGUCGACACCCGCCUCCCUUCUGCUGCUAUCUUUACCUUCCGCAAGGAAGACCACACCCUCGGCAACAUGCUGCGUCAGCGUCUUCUGAAGACUCCUCAUGUGAUCUUCGCGGCUUACCGCGUUCCUCACCCGCUGACUCCCGAGUUCCAGCUGCGUAUCCAGACUGAUGGCGAUAUAACUCCUCGUCAGGCUGUCGUCAACGCCUCCGAGGCUCUGAUUAAGGACCUGGGUAUCUUGUCUCGUGAAUUCACCAAGGAGUACGAGCUCCGCAAGGCUGCCAACGCCGCCAACCAGCAACAGCAGAACAUCGUUGAGUAA